UGAAUAGAAAUCCCAAUAGGGUUUGGAACAGGAUUUAGUCCUGCCUAGUCCUUCCUGUUUAACUUCAUUUGGUCCAUUUUCCACCUUAUUCCCUUUUCUUUAACCACCUGAAAAAUGUUAACUUGUUUGGUAAAGAUAAAGUUUAUUAUUUAAUGCAGCUAUAUGAUUUACAAAACUUCUUAAGCGACCUCAUCUAAUAUAUCCUUCUUGACAUCAUUAAUCCAAGUAUCCAAUGUCAUAGAAACUCCAAAUUCCAGUGUGAUAUUAUUCUUAUGCAGGUGGUCUGAUAUGGGUCAGUGAGUGGAACGCUCUUCAGCAUCCUGUUGCGUCUUCAUUCCUAGCUGUUCUUUACAGUGAUUACAUGCUUACGUCGCAGACUGCAAGUUUUGAUUGUGAUGGGCAAUCCUUCACUCCACAAGACCUCCGCAAAUUUGCCACUUCCCAGGCUGAUUAUGUAUUGGGUGACAAUCCAAUGAAAAUGAGCUAUCUUGUUGGGUACGGGAGUGAGUAUCCACAAUAUGUACAUCACAGGGGAGCUUCAAUUCCAGCAGAUGAUGAUACUGGCUGCAAGGGUUUCAAGUGGCUUUCCUCAACUAAACCUAAUCCAAAUGUUGCCAUUGGAGCACUUGUGGGUGGACCUUUCCUUAAUGAGACCUAUAUGGAUUCUCGUAACAACUCUAUGCAAGGGGAACCAAGUACUUACAAUGGUGCUCUUGUCGUUGGGCUCCUCUCAGGAUUGGUCACCACCUCCUCUGUGGUCUCAUCUUUCACAUAAGUCAGACCACCUAACCAUGACCCCAAGUUGUUGUAUUAUAUUUGUUUAUAUAUAUUUUUGGGGUGCUGCCUCAUACAACAACUUUUUGUGUGCAAUAGAUCAAAUGUAUUAUAAGAAUUCGUAAAUAUAAAUAAUAAAAAUAUAGCAUUAUUGAUUA